AUGCAGAUACCGAGGCUUCUUUGUGCUGCAAUUAUUGCAGGAAUUUUGGGUUGUGUCCUCACCCAGGCCACGGAUGUCACCGAUUCCCUCGAGGGUUAUAUACACGAGAAUCAGCGGCAAUACGAUGACAGGUUGAAGCUCUACGAGGAUCAGUUGGCCAACUUUAGGAACCUGUUUGCCAAGCAAUUGGAGCCCAUCGAUGUGCAGGCGGACUCCAUGCAGCUGAAGCUGGAAGAGGCUUUCGAUCGCCUGGGACCCAUUGCUCAGAUCGAUUCCUGGACCAGGCAGUGCGUCCAGAACUAUAGCUCCGGCCUACCAACUGUCAGCGUGGCCCGGAAGUCCUUGGCCAAUUGCAAGGGUACAAUUGGCACCAUUUUAAGUCCUGCGGAAAACACCCUAAACUUGCUAAGGACUCAGUACACGAAAACCUUGGUGAACGCUUUGGCCAGCUGUGUGAAGUAUUAUUCAACCAACAAGUUGAACUACACCAUGUGUGUGACCAAUGCAAUAAGUGAUACCAAUAGGUAUACCAUAACCAACCAGAACACCUUUAAUGCCAACUUAAAAACCGCCGAGUGCUCGGCCAACGAGAAGAUCAGAACCUCCUGGCAAUGUACCUUCAAGGAGGUGUAUGCCAUGACUUCCAAAGUGGAAGUUGCCGUGAAUCUUGUGGACACUUGCAUUGAACAAAGGACUAUUUGUGGCUCGUCUUCCUGUCUUCCCAGCUGUUCUCAUGUCAAGUUCAUAGAUCUGGCGGGUAUCCGGGAUAAUUCCACCAUCGCAAAUCCCUUUAAGGCAGUAUCUGCAAACAUGGAGUGCCUGGAGUUUAGGUUCUAUUAAUGAAGAGGGGUCUUGGUAGUGAGCAAACAGAUUCAGUUUGAUGGAAAUUUAUAUGUAAAUUGUUAUUCUAAUCUUAACUUGAAAAGAUAAGACAUGAACUUAUAAAAAUGCUAUUUUAUGCUGUUUAAAAGAUUGAUUAAAUUUUUC